AUGGCGUCGUCAUCGUUCCGCGAUUCCAUGAACUCCCUAGGCUGGUCCCGCCGCGAGGAAGCACCCAUAGACACCUCGCAGCAGAGCGGCCUACUCUCGUCUAUCAAGUCGCUCAACCCGUUCGGAGGAGAUGGAUACGUCCAGCUCCCAACCACCGAGGGGCCGGGGGCACCAUUACCAGCACCCAAUAGGAGGGAGGAGGAAGAAGGCUUCUUUGCACGUGAGUUAAGCCCCUCUCUCGUAUUUCUAGCACCUCCACCUCCACCAGUUCGCGACGGACGGGAAGGAACCUCGAUCUACCCCUCCGUCCCGAUCUACUGGGGCCGUCCAUUGAGCAGAUGGGACCGAAUCCUGAUCUUCAGCGGGUGCAACGUCGGCGCCCUCGCCUGCUUCGUCAUCUGUUUCGCGCUCUUCCCCGUCAUGGCGUUGAAGCCGCGCAAAUUCGCUAUCCUUUGAAGAGCACGC